GCCGCCAGGAUUUGGGUGGUAGAUACCAAGCUGCACCCCGAGCACAUCUCAUCAUGCAAGCACCAAGCCUCCUGUUCUCGCUGCUCUUCGGAGCGCUGCUGAUUGGACUUUGUAUGUCUCAUCCGCCAAAGGUGCAGCAACAGCGCCACCAACUCCGCCAAGGUUGUAGCUCUGAUGAGUUCGCUUGCAACGACGGAAGCUGCAUCCCUGACUACUGGAAAUGCGACCAAUGGGACGACUGCAGCGGGGGAGAGGACGAGGCUGGUUGCCCUUGUAGGUCUGAUCAGUUCACCUGCAACGACGGAAGCUGCAUUCCUGGGUCCUGGAAAUGCGACCAGUGGCUAGACUGCAGUGAGGGAGAAGAUGAGGACGGCUGCGCCGUUCCACCUCACCCUGGAAAUUGCCCCGGCUACCAGUUCCAGUGUUUCUUUAGCUAUGACUGCGUCGACUACACAGACUUGUGCGACGGUGAGGACGACUGCAGUGCAGGCGAGGACGAACUUUUCUGCGAUAUCUUUGGCGGUUGGAAGAGAGCCACCAAGACAGGAUGGAAGAAAAUGGCGCGAAGGGUAGGGCACUGGAAGAAGGCCCAGCGCAAGUGAAAUCUCCACAGGUAGCCGUGAACAGAGAUGACAACGUUGCUGGAGCAGACAAUCGCAUUAUGGAAUAGUUCCUUUAUUAGCUUUGACUUCCAGCAGACAGUCAGCUGUAGUUUCCCUUUGCUUUUUUCGCUUUGUGUGGGUUAUUUUGAAAUGAUUUAACAACUCGUUGGAGACUCGAUAUACAUAAUAACAUUGCCAGAUACUUGUGAUGCAAACUUUUACAUACAAACUCUAAUGUCCGGGUCAAUGUUAUAGUCUUACCCCAAGACAGCUUUUACUGUUUAGGCCAGUGCAGCGUGCAGGCGUAAUGCGUUGGCGAGAACGGCCGAAUAGCAGUACCAGGAGAGGGCGCUGUAUGUGAAUACAGCGCCCUCUAGAGACGAACUGCCAGAAAACCAAUCUUGUGAAAUCCGAUAAGUUUAUCCGAAAAAAAAUCAAGCAUACUUCAUGAGCUUCAAGUUACCCUGAAUCAUUACGCGUGCGCACGGAAUAUUCUUCCAGUGUGCAUGGAGUGUGGUUUUCGGCAGUAAAACCAGUUUUUGGGUAAAACUAGGUUGGAAGGCAAUAACCAUCUCACACCUGUUUCUUCAGAGUAUACGUAUGCUUACGUAAUCAUUUUAGUUGUGUGCCAUUUUGAAUAAGUUUGAAAUAUUAAUUUUAGAUACAUUUCACCAAAAGGUGUCAUGUACUGCAGAAAGGGAAUAUGCCUAAAAAUGAAACUCGUCAAAGUUUUACAACAAUAGACAACAUCUUCAUUGAAAAACUGCAUGAUUUCAAACUCAAACUGUGCCGUUAUUCUUGAAUUCCAAUCUGCAUGCUCGAGACUCUCUGCCUGAAGAUUUAAUAGGAUAGGAGAGAAUAUUUCUCUCGUAAGGACGAGGUAGAUUCUACCUUCUCCCGUUAUGGUUGAGUUAUAGUGCGUGGAUGUUAUCGCAGAACAACUUCACCGUUAAGACUUCCUAAACUCUGAGUUUGCGAAACUUUCUUUUUUCAAUCACCAAUGAGUAACAAAUCAUGAUCGUCAUUUUCUUUCUCUUUCGUCCUUUUGCUUUGCGUUCUACGAGAUGUAGCUAAUAAAAGAGAUAGUUAUAAAGCAAA